AUGGGAUGCAGCUCAUCGGCAUACCAACCCAAGCGCAUUUAUCUGGAUAUUAAUGGAAGAAUUCAAAAGGUGACUUUCAGCAAGUAUUGCAACUCUUCAGAUCUUAUGGAGCUCUUCUGCAUUGCUGCAGGAUUACCAAGGACACCUUACAAAGUAAUACCUGUGGCCACUGGACAGCAAACAGAGAAAGAACAAUUGUUUCAGAAUUUGCUGGAGCAAGUGGCUGAGCAACUUUCAAGAGUAUUUAAAAUUGAUGAACUUAAAACUGAAGUAUUUAAUCAACUGGCAAUGCUGGAGAAGAGAGUGGAAUUGGAGGGACUGAAAAUAGUGGAAAUUGAAAAGUGUAAGAGCGACAUUAAAAAGAUGAGGGACGAAAUGACUGCAAGAAGUACCAGGACCAACUACCCUUAUAAAUACAGUUUCCUGGAUGAAAACAACAAGCUAAUACCCCGAAGGGAUGUCCCCUCUUAUCCUAAGUACAUGCUUUCUCAGGAGACAAUAGGAGCUCUUAGGAAACCAACUUUUGAUGUCUGGCUGUGGGAACCCAAUGAGAUGCUGAGUUGCUUAGAACAUAUGUUCCAUGAUUUAGGAUUGGUGAAAGACUUUAACAUCAACCCUAUCACAAUGAAGCGGUGGCUGAUGUGUAUUCAUGACAAUUACAGAAACAAUCCAUUCCAUAAUUUUCGACACUGCUUCUGUGUUACCCAGAUGAUGUACAGCAUGAUCUCACUCUGCAAUCUCCAGGCAAAGAUUUCCCAAAUAGAUAUCUUAAUGCUAAUGACAGCAUCAGUGUGUCAUGAUCUGGAUCACCCAGGAUAUAAUAACACGUACCAGAUCAAUGCACGAACUGAGCUAGCUGUGCGCUACAAUGAUAUUUCCCCGCUAGAGAAUCAUCACUGUGCAGUGGCUUUCCAGAUCCUUGCACAGCCAGAAUGCAACAUUUUAUCCAAUCUUGAUAAGGAACAGUUCAAACGGAUCAGACAGGGGAUAAUUACAUUAAUCCUAGCAACAGACAUGGCACGGCAUGCUGAAAUACUGGAUUCUUUCAAAGAAACCGUAGAUGAGUUUGCCUAUUCAAAUGAGGAACAUGUAACUCAGUUGAAGAUGAUAUUGAUCAAGUGCUGCGAUAUCUCCAAUGAAGUUCGCCCAAUGGAAAUAGCAGAACCAUGGGUGGAUUGCUUAUUGGAAGAAUAUUUUAUGCAGAGUGACCGGGAAAAGUCUGAAGGCCUUCCAGUGGCACCUUUUAUGGACCGAGACAAAGUAACCAAACCAUCAGCACAGAUUGGCUUCCUCAAAUUUGUUCUUAUUCCAAUGUUUGAAACUGUAGCAAGGCUUUUUCCAGAAGUUGAAGAAGUGAUGCUCCAGCCACUUUGGGAAUCCAGAGAUCGCUAUGAGGAGCUGAAACAAAUAGAUGAUGCUAUGAAAGAAAUCAGGACAGCACCUUCUCAGUUUCAGAAGAAGAAUGAAAGUUUGACAUGUGAAACCAGAGAGAAAUGAAAAGCAAAGCACAAAGAAAGCAUUAUCAGUUGAUAAAAAAGAUCCUUUAGAGGUUUGGCAAGUUCAUGGAAGCAUUGAGUGAUUAUCAAGCAUGGACCAAGGAUGAAGCUGAAUAAUUAACACUACUCAAGCACUUUUCACAUUCCUUUUCUAAAGACU